AUGUCGGAACCUGUGGAUUUAGCUUCGAUUGAAGAAUUUUUAUGUAAUUUGGCAAUUGACGAGGUGGGACCACUAAUCAAAGCCAAGUCCGGUACUCAACACAACUACGAUUUGAAAACCGGAAACCGGGCAGUUGACAUCGUUACGGCGAUUGAUAAGCAAGUCGAAAAGAUAAUUUGGGACCGUGUUAAAAGCAAAUAUCCCGACUUCCAAUUUGUGGGCGAAGAGAGUUACGUCCCUGGCGUUACAAAAAUCUCAGACGCACCAACUUUCAUCAUUGACCCAAUUGACGGUACCACUAACUUUGUUCAUGAUUUCCCCUUUAGUUGCACAUCCAUGGGCCUUACGGUGAAUAAGGAGCCUGUGGUUGGUGUAAUUUACAAUCCUCAUUUGGAUCUUCUUGUCUCGGCCUCUAAAGGCAAUGGUGUAAGAGUGAACGGAAAACCAUUUGAUUACAAGCAUAAGAUAGAUGAGAAGGGCCCUCUGGUGCUGAAAACAUCAGUGGUUGCUCUUCAGCCCGGAUCAGCUCGUGAAGGUCCUAAUUUCACAACUAAAAUGAAAACUUAUGAGGAACUUCUCUCCUGUGACGGCGGGUUCGUUCACGGCUUUAGAAAUCUAGGUUCCAGUGCCAUGACAUUAGCAUAUUUGUGCUUGGGUUAUCUUGAUAGCUACUGGGAUGGUGGCUGCUAUGCAUGGGAUGUUUGUGCAGGUUGGUGCAUAUUAUAUGAAACCGGUGGCCGUAUUGUUGGUGCUAACAAAAAUGAAUGGAACGUCACAGUUGACAACAGAACAUAUCUUGCAAUUAGAGGGUGUUCGGAAAAAAAGGAUCAAGAAAAGUACAUCAAUGACUUUUGGUCUUGUGUACGUGGCGAGCUGAAAUACGACUAA